AUGCUGCCAACUACGCAUUCGCCCAAACAGCCGACCGGUCCCAAAUGGAGCGAAAUAGAGUACCGGCUACUGGACUUUUGGGUUCAAAAUGAUCGUGAUGAAAUGAAGAGGCGAAACUUUAGUCUGCAACAAGUGGCGGAGGAAAUGAACAAGGAGACCAAGUGGUUGCAUUCCCAACAAGAUCUUGGUGAGGGUUCUUCUUCGGCAGAAUGGCAAUGUCAAAUCAUGCGCUUUCCGACUAGGAACUAUAACGCAUCAAAACUAUCUACAAAAAUGAGAAUGAUAGAAACCAAUCCGGGUUCUUACGUUCCUCUACCUCCCAGAAAUCCGGACCGUUUCAACAUGACGAUCUCAGGAAACAUGGCGAAGAACAUCAAGGGAAAUGAUAAAACUUACGAACAAGCAACAGCGAUCAGCGCACCUGGGAAAGCAAACGGUGUCACUGAUUCACGCAGUAUAUUGGAUACUCAAAGUAUCGCUGGGAUGGCUAACACAGGGCCAACCUAUCAGGCUUUUCGUCAGAGUCAACCCUUAGCUGGAGUCGCAUACAAUAGACAAACCGAGUUUGGGCAGGAGCUUCCUGCGUUUGAAGUCGACCGAAGAAGACCCCAGUCUCUAGAGCAACCAGCGACGUUUGAAGUCCAACAUCAAUUUUCAAGUCAUCCAAGUAAUGGAACCACAGCGUCGCCUCAGGAUGCAAAUUGUCCGUCUUAUGAAAGUCAUAUAACAUCUGCAAACCACCAGAAGUUCCACGAAGACCUUCAAUCGGAACUAUUUCAUCAAUAUCAAAGCCAAGUCACAUCAUUCGAGCAUCAUGGAGGUUCGACACAGGUUGAUGUUGGGCAAGAACAACCCAGUAUUUUGGGUCUUUCGUCAAACCCAUGGCAGCAGCAUUCAAAAAUUACCUCUCUCUCCCAAGUAUUACGAGAGCAAGACGCAUCAAGGCCCCAAAACCAAUCACAAUCGGUUGCCGAUUUUCAAAGAAGCCAGCAGUUGCUCCCACGUUCUCCAACGCAGCAGACGACCACGAGUGGCCAGCAUUAUUCUCCAGAUUUCAUUAAUAGCAAUCGUCAAACGUCCGCGCUAUUUCCAACACAGAAUCGCUUACAGCAGUGGCAACAUCCUCAAUUUCCACCGGUGGACCCCUCAAUUGAUCGCACUUCUGUAAAUGCUGUGGUUGAUCAAAACCUAUAUGAAGUGGCUUUUCGGCAAUUGCAACAACAGAUCGCUCUCAACAAUACUCAACAACCUAAAUCCUAUGAUAAUAGCAAUAAUCACAGUCAGGUGUUACCUGAAACCAUGAAGAAGGGAGAGGGUUCAGAAGACUGGAGAAGAAAGCUCGCUGCUCUGUCCUCUGAGCGGGAGUUCUCAGCAAAAGCUCAGUCAGACAAUCGAAGAAACAGCACCGUGACUUCAAGCAACUAUGAUACAUUCUUCUCCAGCAUUCCUAGAACGUCGUCAAUGACAGGAGCCGCGGGAGUGCAGACGCAAAAUCUCCGGAAUUCGUCCUCGGGCACUGGAAUAGGAUCCAUUUCGUUGAAUGAUCGAGAAGUGCAAAGACGAAUAGCCUCACAACAACAAAAAAUGCACGCUAGCAAAUUGCAAGAUCCAGUAGCCCGAAAGCCAGAACCAGGCAAUCCAUUUUCGUCACCUAAGCGCAUGAAAGUGGCAGAAGGCGUUCAUGUUGCAACUUCAAAUGCACAAGUCACUCGACCACAACCACGACGGGUUCCUUUUAUUGCUCCAGCACAAUCAUCAGGACAAGUACCACGGGUUCCCUCUGUUGCACAAGUCACGUCGUCAACACAGCCAAAGAAUCCAUCCUCUGUUGCCACAGUCCCGUCGUCAGUACAGCCAAGCAAUUCUUCCUCUCUCGUUCCAGCCCAACCAUCAUCACAACCACGACAUCCUCCCUCUCUUGCUUCGACCCAGUCAUCGGUAGAGACACAACGAAAAGAUGAUGCUCAUUCUACCUCUGGUCAUGGUACUUUACCAACGCCACAAGAUCUAGAAAAGCCGAGUAAGCAAAAUGCCACUCGAAAAAGAUCGAAUCCCUCACCAGAACCCAUCCCUCCACAUCCAGCACCAGGCUACCCACCGCUUCGUCGCUCGAUUUUUGCUACUCCUCGCCCAAGAGUACCUCGUAAAUCAACCCCUGCUACCACCUCUAUUGUAGAAACUUUGCCACAGUCGAAAAGUGUUAGCGAUGCAACACGGAGCGGAGCUGUAUAUUCAACAAAGUACCCUGCCAUUAACGUGCUGAAAAGUGGAUUUGUGCCCGCAAUCAAUGGACGGGAGUCCGCAGCGACACCAUCGAUGGCGCAAGCAAAUACCAACUCAACAAGUGUUACUAAGAGUGGUAGUAGUAUUGAUACCAGUAAUGAGGCAGUUGGAAGGGCAUUGGAUACCCUUCAAGAGCAAUUACGUGUUUCGCGGAAUACUUGGAAUAAUUGA